AUGUUGUUGUGUGCGCCCACUGUGAUUUGCAUGACUACAGCAGACUCCUUGCAUCUCAGUAUCUUUGUUUCUCAUGCUCGAGCCAGCACAUAUCGUGUGGAGCAGAUUUCCAGCGCUGUCGUUAUCAUGGUGAAGUGCUUACGAAAGAAGCCUUCAUGCAAUUUCCCUGCCCAUGAUUCUGAAACAGAACCUUACAACGAAGCCAUCUUCCAAGGUGACUCACGGCUAAGCAUGGAAAUCCACGCCCUGUACCAGAAGUGGCCAGGCCUUGACAGCUUUGAAAGAGAGGAUGCCAUCAAGCUCCUCACACAGGAUGGUCUUCUGCCGACUUGGGAAGGGGCUACGUGCCCCUUCUGCUUCAAGGGCAUUGUGGCCCUCUACAGGACAGAGAUUCAGGACUUCCCCGAUAUCGGUGCCGACGAAAGAAAGAACUGUCACAAGUUUAUCACGCCGCAGUACCUCCAUCCUCUGUUUGCUGCCACAAGGGGCCCGGAGAUGCAUUCUCUUGGUCUCCAGGCCGGUGUCUUGCUUUUGCUACUUGCAGGAGUGGCGGCAAGCGUCAUCCUUCUCGUGACCCAGGCUGAGUGUCCGGGUAAGAUUGUGGAGUGGGAACAAUGGGUCGGCCUAGUCCAGCGCGGGAAGCCAACAUUGCUGGUUCUUCUACGCCUCUCUCCCAAGCCCACCAACAAGAGAGCGCCCGGUCCGGGCCCCAUCCGAAAGAACGAGUGGCGCACGAUCGUAAACAAGGCUGAAGGACAAGCAGGUGCUUCUUCACAGCGACAGCGCCAGGGCACACACGAUCAAAGUUCCAGGCGUUCACCAUGGCUCCGUCGUCCAUCAGACAAAACGGAUAAAGGUUCGUGGUGUUUGGAAGUGGAAAAAGCCAACCUGCAUGAAGCUCAAGAAGAUUACCCUGCCUGGUGGUCGCAAGAUCACUGUCAGGGUUGGUACGCACAUCAUCGACCGGUGUUGGAGGUUCGUGAAGGAGCGGCUUAG